UACGAAACUUGUAUCAUGGCGGCUUCCUCUUUGUGGGAAAGGGAGCCUGGUGCUGCUAAGUAUGGUAACUUUAUAAAUUAUUAUCAAUUUAAUUCGCCAAAGAAAAGAAUAAAUCUUAUCCCUCGGCAUUUGCUGAAUUAUAUUUUUAGCGCAAAUAAAGUAGAAAAAUUAAGAGUUGGUUUAGAUAUUGGCUGUAAUGCAGGGGAUCUUACCGAGGCCUUAUACCAACAUUUCACAGACAUUGAAAACCAAGAGAGAAUUGCAUCAGAACUGGAAUACGAUCUGCAUAUUUUAGGUGUUGACUUAGAUCCUGUUCUUAUCAAGAGAUCAUGUGAGAAAAACUCAUUCCCCAAUAAUAUCACUUACAAAGAAAUAGAUAUAAUGGAAGGAGACCAAUGCUAUACUACUUUUAGAAGUUAUUUAAAUAACUUUGGCAAGUCUAUGUUUGACAUCAUAUUUUGCUUUUCUGUAACAAUGUGGGUGCAUUUAAAUCAUGGUGAUGUAGGACUGAAAAAGUUCCUUAAGGAUGUUAGUGGUUUUACACAAUACUUGCUGCUUGAGCCCCAAGAAUGGAAGUGUUAUAGAUCUGCUUCACGAAGAAUGAGAAAAUUAAAAUGCCCAGCAUUUCAGAAUCUUGAAGACCUCCAGAUGAAAGAAUCUGUUGUAGAAGACAUUGCCUGUUAUUUAAAAGAAUGUGGAAUGGAAGAAGUUAAGAACUUUGGAACAACAGAAUGGGGCCGAAAAAUAAUACUUUAUAAAAAGAUAAAAGUGUAAGUGAAGAUGCUUCUUUACAGUUGAAAUAUUAUAAAUAUCAACACAUUAAUAUCAAAAUUUUAGGGCAAAACUAUUAAUCAACUGUUUGUAAACUUCUGAUUUCCACUUUUAUUCAGCAUUUGUAAAACAAUGUAUGUUUUCUAACAUACAUUACUUUAAAUAUAUCACCAAUUAUGAACAA